AUGAGACCAAGGAACUUCGAUAGGGAUUUGCCUGUCCAUCAGAUGCAAAGCCAAUUUUCACCUGCUCAAGGUGUAUACAACCAUGGUCCAUACAACCCAAGAAUAAGAAGUCCUUCACUCAUGCAUCCAGGCCAAUCUGGUGCUUGGAAUGGAUCACAGGCCACUGAUCAUUAUAACUUGGUAUCUGAUGGAACACCGAGAGGAAUGUAUAGUAAUCCUCCCAGGCAUCCUAGAACUUCUCAAAGGGUCUGGAAUCCUUCUAAUACAUCAACUUAUGGUAAUUUGCCCGGCCCUUACUUUUCUCUAGGAGAUGGCCCUAGUUUCAACUAUGGAACAGCCAGGCCUCAAAUGUUUGGUAACAGGCUGAAUCUUGAUCAAGGAUCUGGAGGUAGUGCUUAUUUCAGUCCAGGAAGAGGCAGGAGUCGUGGAUACACUGGGAGCAGCACUCCUGGUUUAGGAAGGAGUGUCGGACGAGGACAAGGUUUUCGUGGUCGUAGCUCAGCAUCAAACAGGAUAUUAGGGCCAGAGAGUUACUUUGAUCAAUCCAUGUUGGAAGAUCCUUGGCAGCAUUUAGAACCUAUUCCAUGGAAAAGACAAGAAGCUGGAAGGGAUAGUUCGAGUACUCCGGGCACUUCAAAUUCAUGGCUUCCGAAAUCCAUUGACCCAAAGAAGGCAAAGUUUCAGAGGCUUCUUCAAACAAGUUUAACUCUCAACAAAGUCUUGCCGAGUACCUUGCUGCUUCAUUCAACAAAGCUGUUGAGGAUACGCAAAAUGAAUGAAAGUUGCUCAAAUCUCAAAGAACAACUACAAUUGGCUUGA